AAUAAAUCUUUUAUAUAUUAUUUUAAUCCAAAUGGCAGAGAAUGUAAACAUAUUUUCUCAUUAUUUUAAUAGUUUGAAUUAGCAGCAGAAGAAGUUAAAUCAUUCGUUGAUAAAUUGAAUGAUCAAACUAAAUUAUAGAUCUAUGGAUUAUACAAAUAAGCAACAGUUGGUGAUGUUAAUAUUGGUAUUUUUGUAAACUUAUAAUCACUUUAGGUAAACCAGGAAUCCUUGAUCAAAAGGGAAGAGCAAAAUGGGAUGCUUGGAAUUCCAACAAUGGAAAAUCAAAGGAAUAAGCCAAAGCUGAAUAUGUGUAAGUCGUUAAAGCCAAUGCCCCAGCUGAUAUCGCAAAAAACUUAUGAGAGUACAAGAAUGAUAAUAUCAUAAUCAAUUUACAUAAACAUAUAAAUAUCUAGAUGACAAAGUUAACUAG